AUGCCUAAAACCCUACCUGCCUUCUUCCCUGUAGCCUGAAUCGGGCUCGCAAGGCAAGCGGCGAGGAUCCGUCGAUUUGUGAGAACUGACGGCGAGCGGUGUACCCGGGGCUAGCUUGCUACGGUGGUUGUUUUCCUCUGCCGGCCGCCAAAGCGACCCCUUGAUUUGGCUUCCUGAAAUUGAGAGCGUAGCCCUAGAGCUUCAAUAAGAUGAAGCAUCAAAACCCGACGGACGGGAAUGAGGAGAAAGAAGAGGAUGCCGGCUUCGAGGAACUCGGCCUUGACCCCCGUCUGACGCGAGCGUUGUCGAAGAAGGGCAUCGCCAAAGCCACCCCUAUCCAGCGCGAAGCCAUCCCCUUGAUCCUGGAAGGGAAGGAUAUCGUUGCCCGAGCGAAGACAGGUUCAGGCAAGACCUUUGCUUACCUUCUUCCCAUGCUACAGAAACUCUUCUCAGAGGGAAAAUCAACAAAGCCUGCACCGAGUGCUUUCAUUCUCGUACCAACAAGGGAAUUAUGUCAGCAGGUCUGUUCGGAGGUAUUAUCUCUCCUGGAGUUCUGUAGAGUGUCGUUGAGAGUUAUACAAUUGACAGCCAGCAUGCUACUCACAGAUAUGAAAACUGCUUUGGCUGGUCCGCCUGAUAUUGUUGUGUCAACUCCAGCUUGUAUUUCAACAAGCAUUUCAAAAGGUGUUCUUCAGGCAUCGUCUAUAAAGGAUUCACUUUCAAUGCUGAUUCUAGACGAGGCUGAUCUGCUACUCUCAUAUGGCUAUGAAGAUGAUCUUAAAUCACUCAUUUCUCAUGUCCCACGACGUUGUCAGUGCCUCCUGAUGUCUGCCACUUCAAGCACUGAUGUUGAUAAACUGAAGAAACUUGUGCUGCACAAUCCUGUAAUCUUGACACUAUCAGAAAGUAUCCACUCAAAGGAUGAAAUUAUCCCAAAGAAUGUCCAGCAAUUCUUGAUUUCAUGUAGUCCUCAAGAUAAGCUACUCAAUCUCCUAGCUCUAUUGAAAUUGGAGCUUGUGCAGAAAAAAGUGUUAAUUUUUGUCAACUCAAUCGACAUGGGAUUCAGAAUUAGAUUGUUUCUUGAGCAGUUUGGCAUAAGAUCUGCUGUUUUAAAUGCUGAAUUACCACAAAACUCACGUCUGCAUAUCCUUGAGGAAUUCAAUGCAGGGCUAUUUGAUUAUUUAAUAGCAACAGAUGAUAGCCAGACAAAGAUUAAGGAACAAAAGGACAAGGAAAAUAGAAUUUUAUCAAAGAAAUCAAAAAAACAAAUAAAGAACAAAGUUGACGGGGAGUUUGGAGUUGUGAGAGGAAUUGACUUCAAGAAUGUAUUUACGGUAGUUAAUUUUGACAUGCCUGAAACUGCUGCUGGAUACAUUCACAGGAUUGGGCGCACAGGAAGAGCAUUUAACACUGGUGUGUCUGUGUCCCUCGUAUCCCCAGGAGAGGAUGAAAUUAUCGAGGAAAUAAAAAGUAUGAUGGGGUAUGAUAACCAAGAACAAUCUGAUUCCAUUAUUCCUUUCCCUUUACUUACAAAGAGUGCUGUGGAAUCUUUGCGCUACAGAGCUGAGGAUGUUGCUAAGAUUGUCACGAAAAUUGCAGUUAGAGAGUCACGUGCUCAAGAAAUUAGGAAUGAAAUUAUCAACUCUGAUAAGUUGAAGGCUCAUUUCGAUCAUAAUCCAAAAGAUUUGGAGUUAUUGAAGCAUGACAAAUUGCUGAGCAAGAAGGCUCCUCCAUCGCAUCUACGUGAGGUUCCUGAAUAUCUUGUUGAUAAAACGACAAAGGAAGCUAGCAAGCUUCUAAAACUUUCUAUGGCUGCCAUGGGAAUACAACCGGUAAAGAAGCGACCCAAGUUGAAGAGGGGAUUAGGUAUAAGCAGAGAUCCCCUCAAAACUUCAUCAGCUGAGCGUGGGAGAAAGAGGUACCCCAAAGGCAAGAAGAGGAAAAUGAAGUUCGAUGAAGCUUCUAAUCGUGGAAAGAAGGGCAAACAUGAAGCAUGAGAUCCCAUCCAGAUCUUAGUGCUCGUGCUAUGCUAAUAUUUAUGGAGUUUAUUACCCUAUUCAAUUUUGUAAUGUUAAGAGAUCAUAGAUUCCAUUAUGUAACGAGCUUGUUGAUUCUUCAACCAAUUAUUACUUGUAAUCUGACACAUUCAAGUUGGAGUUUGUCAGUAGAUUCACUUCGCAUAGUGCCAA